AGCUGUUGUUCAGGGUUGUCAAGUGCAGCCGAUUUAUGCUAUCUGCAUUUUAGGUUAUUGUUUGAGGGAAGCAUAUCGGGUUUAUAAAAUUCGGAAAAUUUUUAAAGAAACUGCUUAGAGUGAGAAUCCUAAAAUAUGUGAGAAUAAUAAAAACAUGUUUGACAAUCAGUCAAUCAGUUGAAACUAUUUGACAACUUUGCCACAAAACAACGUCAAACGAGCGAAGAAAACAACAAAGGAGAGACGCAAAAAAGAAGAAAGAAAAAAAAAAAUAAACAAAUUCGUCAUCGUCGCUGGAGUUUGGGCCUUGAAAAAUGGCAAGCAAUCCGAAGAAGUCCCUCCACCAGGCGAUCCAGGCCGAGUUUGGUCUCCAGCCCACCAGCGAUUUGUCCAAAUUGAGCAGUAUAAGUGGCACGAGCCCAGAAGCGAUGCCAAAAUUCACAAUUCCGCAGCUCAAAAUUCCACAGCUUAGAAUUCCACAAUUGCAGCUGCAGACGAAUGCGGAUGCCGCUGCCGAGCAGGAAUACCGCCGAGAGGCGGAGGCACACAAUCAAAUGCUACUCAAUGAGAUCCAGUUGAGGCAACGGCAGCGAUCGGAGGGCGAAAACAAGCCGCAAUCAAUGGGAUUUGUGUUACCCCAACUGGUCGCGAUGCCCAAGGAGCCCCUGAACAUACCCCUGCUGACAAGGUUGGAGAGCGGCAUGAAGAAGCUGGAUAUAGGCGAUGGGACAAAGGUGAAUACAGCCACGUCAGCACCCCCACUCAUUGACCUCACGUCCACGAUUAUCGCCAGGCAUAAAGGCGCACCGCCCAAGGAGCUGGCCAGCAAGGCGCGCCAGUUGACCAAUUGUGAGCCUUUUGCCAUACCCUUCAUUGCCUGCGAUCGCGGAAGAAGGAGCACGACCGGUGUAACUCUCUUGGCCAGCAAAAGAUCCAUCAACUACGACGAGGACGUGCUGGCCGAUCGGUCACCAGCGAAUAGCGACUACCGGGAGCAACCGGGACCCAUUGGGCUCAUGCUGGACGAAAUGGUGGGCUAUCCGGAGCCGAGAAAGCCCCGUCUAGUGUACGCCGUCACUCCGCUGGAACGGCAGCACCUGCGAAUGUGCCAGUAUAAGGAUUACGGCAUCCAGGUGAAGAGAUUCCGCUUUGAUACUCCCUCGCCGGAUGAGCUCGUCAAGCAGGCGCUGCAGAAGUCCUGGCGCUUCUCCCGCACUUGACUCCAGUUCAUCCUGGUAGUUGACAAUUACCAAUAAGUGAAUAAAAACAAAAAAUCCACUACGUUC